UAAUCUCGCGAGAAUUACGCAAAGCGGCCCCGUUCACCUUCCGAAGGAGGAGAUGACCGUUUUUCUCAACUGGAACUGGAAGAAAAUCUGUUGAAGCCGUGACCUCUCCAAUAUGGCCGCUCUGUUCGGCUGCGGGGAAGCGGAAGUAUGGAGGAGAGUUUACAAGAAGUACUGGGACGUGGUAGAGGCGACGGCCAAAGCCAAGAAGCCGAAACUACUGCAGCUUGACAAAUGCUUUAAGGCUAGCUGUCUGAUCAGGUACCAGGAGGAAUUGCCGGCGCUGAUUUUGAGUCGACCCGACAAACACAUCACUCUGUCAGAGCUGAAGAUGCUAAUGGAGUGGAAGCUAACGUUCUGUGAAAUAAACCAAUUUCAGUGUGGCCCAAAAUCCUCAUGCAGAAAACUUUCCAUCAAAAAUAGGGGGAAGUUCAGGCCGAGGCUGCAGCAGCUGGCGGCCUCCAACGGCGAGGACGCCGUCCAGAAACGCUCCAGAACGGCGCUGGGCCUCCUGCCCGACGUUCCGGCGGCCGUCGCUGAGCUCAGCGGCCUGAAAGGCGUCGGCCCCGCCACAGCCUCAGCGGUGUUGGCAGCAGCGGCUCCGGCUCUGACUGCGUUCAUGUCUGAUGAAGCAGCGGAGAACGUUCCUGGGCUGCAGCCCGUCCAGUACACCGCCAAGCACUACGCCCUCUACCUGGACAAAAUGGCCGCCCAGGCUGCCAAACUAAACCGAGUGGAUCCGCAGCAGGACUGGACGCCUCACAGGCUGGAGUUGUGUUUGUGGGCGACGGCGACGGCGACCAAGCUGCAGCUUCCUGUUCUGGAGGAUCUGAAGGGCGGCGACACGCAGACCUCAGACUGCGACCAGAGGCCAACCAAGAAACUUAAAACUGCUUAAAAACACGGCGACGUUUGUGAAGUUAGUCAGUAAAUUACAGUUUGGGUUAUUUAGCCUGAUACAAGAGGAUUCAUUUUACAAAAUCCAUAUUUUCACAAUGUUAUUCACUUAUAAAAGUCACAGUUUCUAACUAAAUACUUCAUUUACACUCUAAAUAUUUAGGUGACAAACUAAAUAUUUAUUGUGGAGCCAAAUCUUUCUUACUAAAUAUUUUGCUCCAAACAAAAUAUUUGAUCAA